UCGGGCAGCGGCGGCGUCUUCUGGAGUCCCGCGGCGAAGAUGCUCAAAGUCACGGUGCCCUCCUGUCCCUCCUCGUCCCGCUCCUCGGUCACCGCCAGUACUGAGAACCUCGUCCCGGAUUACUGGAUCGACGGCUCUAACCGGGAUCCCCUGAGCGAUUUCUUCGAGGUGGAGUCAGAGCUGGGACGGGGUGCUACAUCCAUUGUGUACAGAUGCAAACAGAAGGGGACCCAGAAGCCCUAUGCUCUCAAAGUGUUAAAGAAAACAGUGGACAAGAAGAUCGUGAGAACUGAAAUAGGAGUUCUCCUGCGUCUCUCACACCCGAACAUCAUAAAACUCAAGGAAAUAUUCGAAACUCCCACAGAAAUCAGCCUGGUCCUGGAGCUGGUCACGGGAGGAGAACUGUUUGACAGGAUUGUGGAGAAGGGGUACUACAGUGAGCGCGACGCGGCGGAUGCGGUGAAGCAGAUUCUGGAGGCCGUUGCUUACCUCCAUGAAAAUGGGAUUGUCCAUCGUGAUCUCAAACCAGAGAAUCUUCUCUACGCAACUCCAGCCCCUGAUGCACCACUCAAAAUUGCUGAUUUUGGACUUUCUAAAAUCGUGGAACAUCAAGUGCUCAUGAAGACAGUGUGUGGAACCCCAGGGUACUGCGCACCUGAGAUUCUCCGAGGCUGUGCCUAUGGACCUGAGGUGGACAUGUGGUCUGUAGGAAUAAUCACCUACAUCCUACUUUGUGGAUUUGAACCAUUCUAUGACGAGAGAGGUGAUCAGUUCAUGUUCAGGAGAAUUCUUAAUUGUGAAUAUUACUUUAUCUCCCCCUGGUGGGAUGAAGUGUCUUUAAAUGCCAAGGACUUGGUCAAAAAGCUCAUUGUGUUGGAUCCCAAGAAACGGCUGACUACAUUUCAAGCCCUCCAACACCCAUGGGUCACAGGUAAAGCUGCCAACUUUGUCCACAUGGAUACGGCUCAGAAGAAGCUUCAAGAAUUCAAUGCUCGGCGCAAGCUUAAGGCAGCAGUCAAGGCUGUGGUGGCCUCUUCUCGGCUGGGAAGUGCUAGCAGCAGCCACAGCAGCCUCCAGGAGGCCCACAAGGCCAGCUCAGAUUCACCUCCAACCCAAGAUGCCAAGGACAACACCGAUCUUCUGGGAAAGAAAAUGCAAGAGGGGGACCAAGUGGCAGCCGAGGCUACCUCCGAGGAGCUGAGGAAGCUGCAGUCGGAGGAGGUGGAGGAAGAUGCGGAAGAUGCGGAAGAUGCAAGUGUAAAAGAGGAGGAGACCUCCAGGAUGGUGCCUCCAGAGCCAGAGGAUGAGCUGAACACAGAUGACCCGGAAACGAAGAGGGGAUCAGGGGAGAAGCUGGAGACUGUGGAGGAAGAAAUGGACCCCGAAGCUGAGGAGGAAGACCCUGCCGUGGGACUUGGGGUUCCCCAGCAGGAUGCGACUCUGCCAGAGUAUUAAGCUGGCUUCCUUUAGGUUCAGAAGCCAACCCUAGCAUUUUAUGUCCUUUGUCCUGCAGCGAGGUGGGGAAGCAUGAUAUGCACUAUAGUGAUUCUGUUUUGAGGUGCAAAAAAACCAUAUAUACCAGUUGGUAACCCUAACGUCAGUGCAUGCGUUUGCUUUAUGAAAUAAUGACGUUUUCUACGGCAUGUAUUGGAUACCUAAUACCGAUGAGUUAAAUUUCAAAUUUCUAGCAAACAACACAACACUUAAAAAACAUUCUCAGCCUUUGGUGGCACAUAUUGAAGUGAAAUGGCAAAGGGACUUUGAAAGCAGUAGGCAUCCUACACCCUCCAGAAGUCUUCAAAGAGGCACUUCCUUUGAACUCAGCUAAAACCAGCUCGAGUUAGCUGACACACUCCCAUGACUUUCCAAAUACUUUCAGUGGGAACAGUCGAGCAGGCCGUUAUAAAAGUAGGCCAUAGAUGGUUAUGAAAGAUACCUGUAGAAUGUGCAAACCCAUCCAUGUACAGUGUUGAGAAGUUGAAGCAUUCUUACAAGGCCCUGAGUCCACAGUCCCCUUAAGUGUAUGCAGGGAAUGUCUUAUUUUUUAGUACACUAUAUAAGAAUACCUAAAAUGCUUAUCAUAAAAUUCUGCCAGUUUACAAUUCUUGGGAAAUUAUUUUUAAACUGUGCUGCUACUUUCCUUUACCUGCCUUUCAAAUAAAAUGCCCCUGCAGAGUAUAAAACCUAGGAAAGAAGAAGAAAUUUAAAUAAAAGGAGAUAGAAUUAGGCUUUAGAUAUA